AUGAGAACUGCGAGAGCGCCAGAAUCGUCUCCGGUAAACAUCGACAAGCCCUGGCUUUUGCCCCAACAAACCAAUUACAAGUUCAUCAAUGUCAAUCUCGUCAACCCAGUGAAGGGAAACAUCGUCGAGAAUGCCACAGUCGUGCUCUCCAAGGGCCGUAUUCGACUUUUCCUCUGUCCUGGACUGAUCGAUGCACAUGUGCAUGUUACAGCGACACCUGGUGAGCAAGGCCUUAAGAAUACAUACAAAAACAUAUCGCAGUCUAUGAACAACUUCCGAACGACAUACGUUGUGAAAGAGAUGCUGGCUAGGGGUUUCACCACUGUCAGGGACUGCGGAGGCGCGGAUGGCGCACUGAAGGACGCUAUUGCUGAGUGGCUCAUCGUUGGUCCGCGUCUGGUCAUCGCAGGUCACGCACUGUCGCAGACUGGGGGGCACGGAGAUCAACGAGCCGCCCACGAGGAUGACGACCCGACGACACGGUGCUGCGCCGGUCACAAGUCCGGAAUCAGCAGGCUCUGCGACGGAACUGCCGAGUGUAUGACUGCAGUCCGCGAUGAACUCCGCAAGGGGGCAGAUUUCGUCAAGAUCAUGGCUGGUGGCGGAGUCUCAAGCAGGCUGAACAACUUGGCGCAUGCCCAAUUCCUGCCCGAGGAACUUUCAGCCAUAGUGCGAACUGCUGCAUCCUUCGAUACCUACGUAACAGCACACGCAUAUUCCAACCGCGCUAUGCGGCACGCGGUGGAGCAUGGUGUUCGUGGUAUUGAACACGGCAACUUCCUCGACCAGGAGACGGCCGAGUACAUGGCCAGCAAAGAUGUAUUCUUCACCCCCACUCUGGCGACCUACCAUACAUUGAUGAGAUCGCCAUACGACCAAUGGAUCACCAAAGAUCUGAUGGAGAAAAACAUCCGGGUCAUGCAAUCCGGCCUUAACUCGCUUGAGGUGGCCGAAAAGGCGGGACUUACUAUUUGCUUUGGCACCGAUCUUAUGGCUUCGAUGCAGCCGUUUCAAAACAACGAAUUCACGAUCCGGUCGCAGGUUCAGUCAAAUCUAAGCAUUCUUCGGAGCGCUACCAUUAACCCGGCCCGGAUGAUGGGCUUGGAAGACCGAGUCGGGGAGAUUUCAGCUGACUAUUAUGCGGAUCUCAUUAUAUUGAAAUCAAACCCUCUGGACAACAUCGGCGUACUUGACAGCAUAGGCUCCGGCGGCAUACUAGCGGUGCUCAAGGAAGGACGCGUUACUUCGAGUAGACUCCCACAGCUUCCCAUAGAUAUCGCAGUGUGA